AUGCUGUCCAUAAUCUUGCUAUACCUUUUCCACUGUACGGUAGUCAAAUCGGUGUCCAUCCGUCCGUCGAAUCUUUCCCAAGAUCUGAGCGCACCCAAAGAUUUUACUUUCACUGACCCAAGUAUACCCGAACCUGGAAAUACUUCCCUGGCGAAUACCAUUCCACUUCCAAUCAACGACCCACAUAUUUCCUUCGCUAUUGUCAAGGGAACAGCAAAGCUCCCCAUGAAAGCAUGCCUGAUGGUGGCUCUCGAAGCCCUGGUGGAACUGUCCUUCGAAUACUUCACGGAACCCUACGGGAGUGGGAUCUUUGUAUCCUCUGACUACCCAGAAGUCAUCAUUGUGACCCAAGUGUUCAAGGGACCAGGGCCAAUCUUCCAAACCAAGCACGCCGCUCGCGGCUUGGUAGAUUUAAUCACCCUUAUGUUGAGACAGAGUAGUUAUAGUAACUCGAGCAUUAUCAUGCGCUGGAGUGAUUUCGGAAUGUCUGCGCUAUGGGCCAGUGUGGCGUUCGCUGUAGGGGACCAUGUCGCGACUCAGGGACCCUCGCGAGUGGCUCCAAGGAUGGAGACGCUACCACAAGGACCGUACCUAGCUAACUUCAGCAAUAACAAUAAUGGCACCGAGGUCGUCUUUGUCAACAACGACGACGAUGAACUUCUGGUCUUCGCCGAAUACGUUGGAGGCGACUUGGCUAUCCCUGACGUCUUUAUCACUCUCUACUCCUCUGUGUUUUACAUAGCUCAAUUUCCGACCACAGAUGCCAUGGUGCCCUUCGGGAUCACACCCGAAAAUUCCAACGCCGGGCUGCAGUACAUUCUGCUAGAUCCACCACCAAGAUCUACGUUUGUUUUUCAGAACGGCUGGGCUGCUAGAUCGCUGCAGAAGCUUUCGAAAUAUAUGUUCGAGCAAAGGAAGUUCAAUGAGAUCAAGUUCAUUAGCGGGUGGGAUAAGACGCUGUUUAGUGUCGGGUCUUUGAAGAAGAAAACCAUGUCAGGAGCGCGUGUGGAUGUUGAGAGAGCGUAA